GCCUUGUGGGAGGGGCGGCCGGUGCAGCCGCGGCUGCCAUCUUAGCAAUUCCUGGCGUUGCGGCCUUGUCGUUGGCGGCGGCCUUCGUGGCGGCCGUCGGCCUCAGGGGGAGGCAGAAAGUCAGCUCGCUGAUAGCUCUCCUUCCCCAAGCCUCGACAAGACUGCCAGCCCCCUUCCGGAAGCAGAGACGAGGGCAGCCGGGCACGUGCGGGGCCCGAAGCCAGCGGUUAGUCACAGCGUCGCCCGGAAGGAUGGGCCGGUCUCGGAGCCGGAGCUCGUCCCGCUCCAAACACACCAAGAGCAGCAAACACAACAAGAAGCGGAGCCGGUCCCGGUCGCGGUCUCGGGACAAGGAGCGCGUGCGAAAGCGCUCCAAGUCCCGGGAAAGUAAACGGAACCGGCGGCGGGAGUCGCGGUCCCGCUCGCGCUCCACCAACACGGCCGUGUCCCGGCGCGAGCGGGACCGGGAGCGCGCCUCGUCCCCGCCCGACCGCAUCGACAUCUUCGGGCGCACGGUGAGCAAGCGCAGCAGCCUGGACGAGAAGCAGAAGCGAGAGGAGGAGGAGAAGAAAGCAGAGUUCGAGCGGCAACGAAAAAUUCGGCAGCAGGAAAUAGAAGAAAAACUCAUCGAGGAAGAAACGGCACGAAGAGUGGAAGAAUUGGUGGCAAAAAGGGUGGAGGAAGAAUUGGAGAAAAGGAAGGACGAGAUUGAGCGAGAAGUGCUCCGAAGGGUCGAGGAGGCCAAGCGCAUCAUGGAAAAGCAGUUGCUCGAAGAACUCGAGCGACAGAGACAAGCUGAGCUUGCAGCGCAAAAAGCCAGAGAGGAGGAAGAACGUGCAAAACGUGAGGAGCUAGAGCGAAUACUAGAAGAGAAUAACCGAAAAAUUGCAGAAGCACAAGCCAAACUGGCUGAAGAACAGUUGAGAAUUGUUGAAGAGCAGAGAAAGAUUCAUGAGGAAAGGAUGAAACUAGAACAAGAGCGACAGCGUCAACAAAAAGAAGAACAAAAAAUUAUCCUGGGCAAGGGGAAGUCCAGGCCAAAACUGUCCUUCUCAUUAAAAACCCAGGAUUAAAUUGCAAACUCUGAACUUUUUACAAAGAAAAAAUGGAAAAACUUUGUAUGGUAGCUUCAUGUUGAAGUGGUUUUUUUUUGUUUUGUUUUGUUUUUGUUUUUUUAAUUUGGAAAAUCUGGAAAGUUAGCUUGUUCUAAUAGGGGCUAUGCUCUGCAAUUCCUUUUUUUCCCCUCCCCCCCUUUAAUGUCCAUUAAGUCAAAUCCUUAUCAGAUCAUUGCUAUCUUCCAAAAAGCGAUAUUUUUUCACCUGUUGGAUUCUGUAUUGGUGAUCUGAAGAAGAGGAGAUCACUUUGUAAACUAUGGAUGGUCUGAUAAGGUUUUUACUGACCCACUGACUUCAGAGUUAUACUCUGUGUACUACAUCAUAAUGCUGGUUUUGCUGACUUUUUGUUUUUUUAUAUAUUUAUAAAAAAAGAAAAAGUUGGUAAUUGCAUUGGAAGCGCCCAGGGUGUUACUGGACCUUUGUGGUGUAUUGUUAACCAGUGUCCUCGUGAUACUGUAACUCUUGAUGUUCCUGACACAGGUAAGGAAACAGUUGGUCAGCUCUGAUACAAAAUACAUAUACAGUUCAGUAUUGUCUCUGUUCAACUUGUUUUUAUUUCAUUGAUGAAAUCAAACCAGCAUUCCCCAUUGUGUAAAUAAAUGAUUUUGCUGAAUAAAGUAAAGUCUUAAAUUCA